ACCAUAACCACUGUGACCAUUUCAUGGUAUCAUCUUUUUUCAUUCUGGCGAUCAGUUUCAUUUCAUGUGAGUGGACAGUGGUCACAGAAGCAUAAUUUUAUUUAUUUCAAUGGAGUGUUGUACUUCAGGCCUUUUAUGUUUAGCUUCAACAUCAUCUCUUUCUACCACAACCACCAUCACUAGUUCACUUUCUUCACCUCUUCAAUUCAAGAUUCCCAAAUCUUCUUUUAUAAAUAAUCAUAUAUCCCUAAUCACUUCUCCUUUCAAACCCCACCUCCCAUUUUGCACCAUCUCUGCUCUACAUGCUACUGCUACUCAAGAGGCCGUUGAAGUUGGUGACAUCGAGUCACAGUUUGUUGAGGUUGGAUACAUAUCUAGUGUUCAUGGACUACAAGGAGAGGUUCGUGUGAAGCCUAACACGGAUUUCCCUGAAAUGAGGCUUUCCGAGCCAGGGAGAAGAUGGUUGAAGCAACAACUAAUGGGAAAAGAAAUAGUUCAAGAGAUUGAAUUGGUGGAGGGUCGAGGACAUCAUGGACAAAAGAGUUGGAUAGUUAAAUUCAACAAUGUUGACAAAGUAGAGCAGGCUCAGCAACUUGUUGGGUCAGCUAUACUUGUAUUAGAUGAGGAUAGACCUGAGUUGGAGGAAGGUGAUUUCUAUUCGCGUGAUCUUGUUGGCAUGCGAGUUACUCUUAAGGAAACUGGUAAACCAGUUGGAACUGUUUUGAAUGUUUUCGAUAAUGGAGGAAGCGAUCUCUUGCAAGUUAAACUUGAUUCAUCCUCGGAGAUAAUAGACAAAAAUGGAAAUCUUAAAUCAGAAGCACCCCUUGUGUGGGUACCAUUCGUUGAAGCUAUUGUUCCUCAUGUUGACAUGAAUAAAAGAGAAAUGUUGAUUACGCCUCCCAAGGGGCUCCUUGAUUUAAAUGUACGAUCCGAUGAGAGGUCAAAGAAAGAACGCCGACAGCUUGAAUGGAAAGAGAGGAAAAAGUAUCAGAAGCGGCUUAUAGCUGCGAAAAAGAAACUGUGUGAAAUGGAGCAAAAGCAUGUCUUUGAUGGGUUUAGACAUGGAGAGAAAGCCCAAGGGAAUCUACUUGCUGAUCAGAUUGUAGGGGUCAAUUCCAAACUACUUCAAGUAGCGUUAAAGACUGUUGAGACACCUUAUGACAGAUGGCAGUUGUCCGAUUUCUUAGCAGCUUAUAAUGCAGAAGCAACAAGAAAUGUUUAUAAAGUAUCAAAGGGCUGUUUGGUUAGCAGAGAUGUGGACCCCAUAAGAUCCAAAAUAGCUGAGAGGCGUAGUGCUUUGACAUCCAAUGGCAAAGUUGCAUAUCUUUUGGUUAUUGAGCGUACGAAAUUGCAGAAAUUUUCCGACUCUGAAGGGACUGAUGCUCUUGUGGAAAGAUUGGUUGAGAUUGAAAAUUGUCAAGCGACACCUUUGAUUUUGGUUUGUCCUGAGAACACAAUCGACACAUUUCAAAACUUGAUGGCAGACAAUGACCACUUCGGCUUUGACCCUGAAAAGGUCUGGAUCUUGGAAGAAGAAAAGUUACCAGUUGUAAGUUCUUCACUGGGAGAAAACAGUAAACACAAGAUCUUGAUGAAAUCACCCUGGGAAAUACUCCAAACACCAGUUGGAUCUGGAGGUGUUAUCAGCUUACUUUCAACCCGCAACAUGUUAGAGUCUCUUACUGCAAUGGGUAUCGAGUAUAUUGAGAUAUCUAGUGUUGAUCAGAGAUAUGUUGGUGGGGAGAACCUACUUGGUUUGGUGGAUUUAACUGAAGCUCAGGUUGGAAUAAAAACAUUUAAUGGCAUCGAUGGUGUUGAUGAUGAUUUCUACGUGGUUCUUUCUAUCAAGUUUUUGACACAGCUAACAAAGCGGAUAAAUGAUAUGCUCUUUCAUGCCGUUUUAAGCCCAAACCAGCAUGCGGAGAUGGUUGAAAAAGAGUGGGUCGACAUAACACCCUCAGCACAUAACUCAUAUGAGUUUCAUUCUUCAAUUUAUACUUGUUUGAAAGGUUGUUCUUUUGAGAAGAUUUGUGUAAUGGAGGUUGUAGAUUAGAUACAUCAUAUAGAACACUGGUUAAUAGGUAGGCAUCAAUCGGUCUUUAGCUUAAUACUUUAUAUCUAUAAUCUCUAUGAUGUGCAGUAUAGAAUUUCGUACAUAAAUUAAGUUGAUUACUUCAGGAAAUGAACUUUAAAAUUUUCCUCUGAAA